GUUGUUUGUGCUGUUUACUUUUUUCUAUAGCAUUCGUCUUUCACUUUGUUUCGACCUUUUCGAAAUAAUAUACAACAAAGUUAAUUAUAUUAUUUAAAAGUUCAAAUUAUUGGAAUAAUAAUUUUCUGAAAAUUUUGUUGAUAUUUUGAAAAUGGUCGGAAGUUUGUCAGAAGUUCCAAUCCGUUUGUACCGCCCAUCGACGACAACUCCGUGGGGAUUCAGAUUGCAAGGAGGAGCAGGCACCAACUUGCCACUCUCCAUCCAGAGGGUUUUCGCUGGCGGCACUGCUGAUGGUCACCUGAACAGAGGAGAUGAAUUGGUUGCCAUAGACAAUCACGAUGUAACCGGCGCUCCUCACUAUGUAGCGGAAGAUUUAAUUAAACAGGCUGGUCGUGAACUUUUAUUAAUUGUGAAAAGGCAGUCAGCCGCUUUUAGCCCACACGCAUCUGAAAAUCAAUUUACGCAUUAUCCGUUUGAACUACAAACUGGCGGUCUAGAAGAAUAUGAACAUGCCAAAAACAUAAACCAAAUAAAAGAAAAAUUUUCAACGCCUGACGAAGACGUAGUUCGAGGCAAAAUUCAAAUCAACGCCAAGCCUGGUUCAACAUCUUACAUACCUAAAAAGCCCAGAAUGUUUCAAAAAAUCAGCCAAAAUCAAAACGCUCCAGAAUUUGGAUGGGUACCAAAACCGAAAUCUCACGAAGAUAUCAAACCCCCAUCUCGUUAUCAAAGUCAAAGCCAACCAGUCGUCAGACAGGUGCUCUCAAAUGAAGAAGCUGUCUCCUCAUAUAACAAACCUCUGCAACAAGUUCCUCACGAACAGUACGAAAGACCAGCUUGGCUGGGAACACUGCGUAGUGCGGCAGGUCCUAAACCAUGGGAAGUUCAGGACGGAGCGGCUUUAUUGGGAAUUAACCCAGAACCCAUGCCUAGCCAACCAAGUCAUUUUGAAGCGCCCGUAGCUUCUGGACCAUUUCAGCCACAAAUAGCCAGACCAACGGCAAUAAGCGCCAUUCAUCAGCCAAAAGUUCAAGUGACAAAAUUCAGCCCACAGGGCCAUCCAACUUACGAACGAAAAAAUGCUUCUAAUCAUGAUUCAGAUACAGCUAGAAUUGCUCAUUUGCAAUACAAUUCACCAAUUGGAUUAUAUUCUCAAGAGAAUGCGAAAGAAGUACUUGACGUGCAAACAGGGGGGAAACCAGGAUCAGGGACGCUACGCAUUAUCGGAAAAGGCCCAAACCUCAGUUCAUUUGACCCGAUACACUCUGACGUGUACAGACUAGUGAGAGAAGAAGAAACUGCCAGACGUAGUAGACAGAAAACUCAACAAGCUCCACAACACAACCAUCCACAUGUUCAACACGGGCUGCCGCACGAAGAUCACAGAAGCGCAAAACUCGAACAGCUGAUACAUGAGAAUGACGAUCAGAAACUAAUGUAUGAGGAGCAUGUGUACAGUGCAAGCUUACGGAGAAUCCUUCUUUAUAUUUUCAUUGAUACUGUUUUAGAGAAAGCAGGCCAGGAGACACAAUCCAAUCUGAAUUUUGAACUUGGGCUGCAACACAAGGAAGCAACUUUUCAAAGUGAAUGA